CCCCAUCUCUAAAGAUUUCCUCAAACCAUGCUAAUCACAGUAUCAUGUUGCUGUAUUUUGUUGACAAUCCAUCACAGAGAUCAGAGACCGAAGAAGCGAGUAGAGAUCAUUUGUAAACACAGCGAAGUGAAGAGCAGAGCAAGCUGUCUAAACAAACCAUGCGCUACGUUGGUGUGUUCGUAUUAUAUAAACAAAUCACUCCUUUAAAAUCUUCAUUUCAUUUGUAUAAUGACAUCUAAAGCAUCUGAAGAAAAUGAUCGGUCAUCGGAGUACCAUGCACUCGAUGUAAAUGAUGACAAAGAAACAGCUUUCACCGAUAAAGGACCCAAGGAAGAGAUGUCAGAUAUUCAGGGUGAGGACGACGACGUAGUCAAAUGUUCAACGUUAGAGGGCGACAUUGAAACUGGACAGGUAUAUGUACAGUCAGAGGGAAAUGCUUUUACAGAGGCAAUAGAACAGAUAGAAAAAGUAUUGAGCUCGAUAUGGAGGCGUAACAGAAAGGCAAUUGUUAGGUUCAUCUAUGUGAUACUGGCAGUCUUGUAUUAUACGUAUUUAAUUUUCGUCUUGUCAAAGUACUUUGAGCGAUCGUAUCAACUCCUCAUUAUUACGAUCGUCGUAAACGUUUUAUGGUUUAUUAGUAUUGUAAAAAGAAGAUGGGGCUCGAAUAUUUAUUUGGCCGUUGGAAAGAAACCUAUUGAUUACUGUAAGGUGAAUUGGAAAUGCUGUAAAUGAUUAAAUGGAGGACCGUGCUUUGGGGUAUCUAUUUACAGUUUCUUAUCGGCCUUUUGAUUCUUCGUACAAGGCCGGGAUAUCUGGUAUUUGAUUGGCUUGGGAAACAGGUACAGACAUUUCUUGAUUACACAUACGAGGGCGCCAAGUUUGUCUUUUAUGAGAAUUUAGAGGAACGUUACUUUGUGUUUGUGGUGUUGCCCAUGAUCAUAUUCACCAGUGCUGUUAUCUCUGUUCUGUACUACUAUGGUAUUAUGCAGAUAGCCAUAUCAGCGUUUGCUUGGAUUAUGCAGCGCACGAUGGGGACAUCUGGUGCGGAAUCCUUCGCAACAGCUGCAAAUGUUUUCGUUGGAAUGAUUAAAUGGAGGACCGUGCUUUGGGGUAUCUAUUUACAGUUUCUUAUCGGCCUUUUGAUUCUUCGUACAAGGCCGGGAUAUCUGGUAUUUGAUUGGCUUGGGAAACAGGUACAGACAUUUCUUGAUUACACAUACGAGGGCGCCAAGUUUGUCUUUUAUGAGAAUUUAGAGGAACGUUACUUUGUGUUUGUGGUGUUGCCCAUGAUCAUAUUCACCAGUGCUGUUAUCUCUGUUCUGUACUACUAUGGUAUUAUGCAGAUAGCCAUAUCAGCAGAGGAAAGCAAUGUGUUAGAAGCACUUUAUGGUGGGGCAAAAGAUGGAUUGAAAAUCUGUGGCUAUGUCUUAGCAAACCUUAUUGCUAUCAUUUCUGUUCUUGCAUUUGUCGAUGCUGUUUUAGAGAGACUGGGGUACAUGGCUGGAAUUGAGGACCUGUCUUUUCAGCUUAUCUGUAGCUACUUACUUUACCCACUUGCGUGGCUGCUUGGGACAGAGAAGAAAGAUUGUAAGGUUGUUGCAGAGUUGAUUGGUACGAAGACCUUUUUAAACGAGUUCAUUGCCUAUGAGCAUCUUGGGAACUUCAUAAGAGCAGGUGAACUUUCAAUUCGAUCACAGGUCAUAGCAACUUACGCCCUUUGUGGAUUUUCAAAUCUGGGUAGCUUGGGUGUAAUGUUAGGUGGGCUUGUCCCGUUGAUUCCUGAACGCAAAUCUGAAAUCGCGACAUCUUGUCUUCGAGGUUUAGUUGCAGCCACUAUAGCAUGUUUGUUAACAGCAGCAGUUGCAGGUUUGCUGUAUGACAGUAUGGCCAUAGAGGAUGGACUACAGUCUGCUGUGAAUACAACGGAAGCUACCAACACUACAAUCUUCUAGAAUCUACUUUCAAUUGUAAAAAAUAAUAAUAAUCAGGAAUUUAUUUUAUCAUGUUUUAUUUGUAUUUUAAAUUACUGUUUGUGUGUUGUGUAUAAGAUAGUACUGUUUUCAUGCACAGGCAAUAUAUAUAAAGAAAAUAAAUGGUAAUCAGGGUGCUUGAAACAGUAAUCCAGGUUGUUGGGUUCGAAUCCUUUUCCUCUAAAGUGGAAAGCAAUGGAAGUUUAUCAAUUUGGCCCAAUGCGGCUAAAUUGCUAAAGCACCCAAACAAUAUAAUCAGGGUUGUUGACUUCGAAUCCUAAAGGGAUUGUGUUUGCCUGCGGGAAUUGAAUUAAGUAUAAAAAAUUGGUGCUCAUUUGGUAGAGCAACGAAAACAUUAAUUCAAAUCCUAUAGUACUUAAUGAAUAUCACAUUUUUGGUAUGUAUCUAUUGUGAGAAUCGAAUGAAAUACUGUACUGCAUAUGAAUUCGGCCAGUGGGUCUGGGGCCGCUAACAAGGGCUUCUUUGCCUGCAUAUUUGAUGUUUUGAAGAAGUAUUUUGAUGGAUUUUAACAAGUUAAAGACUCUUAGGAAAGCCCCUCUCAUCUGGGGCAACAUUGCUAAUAAAUAUCCCGGGGGCCCUUUAAGGCCUGGGGACCCUGGCAUGAGCUGUAACUAUUACAACACAUAAUCUUGGCCUAAUGUGACUCAAUUUGUAGAGCAACCAAGUAGUAGUCAAAGGUUGUUGAGUUCGAAUCCUAAUAGUAAUCGCAUUGUUUGUGAGGCUACUGUGAAAAUAUGGACCAAACCAAUGGUAGACCUAACACAAGUCAAAGGUAUUGAUCAAAUUAUGAAGCAGAUCUCUUUGUUUAUACAGUAUAAUGUAAUAAUCAAGGGUCUUUUUGUAAAGAAACACAAUUUCAACAAAAAAAAAACAGAAUCAAUAAUGUAUCACUAUUAUCAAAUAAUUGAAUUAUAUUUUAUAUUUGAGGUUAAAUUUUAUAGUAUAUACUGUACACGGUAGAAGUAGUACCCCAUACAGAAUACCACUAAUGAACUUAUAUUUGAAUUAAUCUUUCAAAAUAUGUAAAAAAAUUUUAUGAAUUUUUUAUGUCCUUAAUGAAGUUUGUAUAAUAUAUUCAAACAUUAUUGAUUUAUAUAUAAAAUGCUAAUGUAUUUUUAGAUUUUAUUUCUAUUAUUCUCUUUAUUGUAUAAUUUUUUGGUUAUUUAGGUAAAUAAUUUUAAAAUGUUGUUAUCCAACCAAAAAACAUGUCAAUGUGGAAAAAUUCCGAUUGAUUUGUUUCAUUGGUUGUUUAGCUUAGUUGUAUGUAUUGACAAAAAUUUUCUUAAUUAGUUUUAUUUUUCAGUUAUAAAAAUAAUAUAAUUUAAUAACACUUAUUAUUCAGUGUUUGUUAAUUGCAAUUUUAACCUGGACAAAUUGAAUUCACAGUAUCAACGGGUUAUGUAAUUUUCAGGGUAAUAUUUUAGGUAGUAAUAUUUAAUAUUAGUGUCUUUCAAUUAUUCUUUCAAUUAUUAAGUUAGUACAAUUAAUUAAUUAAUUAAUGUUAUCCAAAAACAUAUCGAUCUUUCUGUCUUAGGGAAUAAUAAUUAAAAUACUGUAAUGUAAUCUAGUAGAAUUAUAAUAGAAUUCGCCCCUAGCAAUGACAUAGCCAUGGUUGAGAGCAAUAAUAGAAGGAAAAGAACAACUGACAAACUAUUGCCUAGUUCUUGAUAAUAUAGAAAUAAUCAUAAUGGUUUUCUUUUUUAUAUCGCCUAGUAAACCAAUUCGUAGUUACUGUGCCUGCCUGUAUUUAAGGUCAAUUCACAUAUGCCUAUGUUGUGUGUGUGCGUGUGUAUGUCGAUUUAGCUUGAUUCGCGCAUGCGUAGUUCAAACUACGAAUUGGUUUAUAUCAGAACGUCUCAAAGCGCUUGAAAUAAAUACUGCCCCUGGUCAUUAGAUCUCUUAAAUUGUCAGACCAGAACAGAGAGAGGCAACCUCCUCCGCUCCCUGGAGAAUAAGCCUACUGCAUGGAGGAGUGAAGGUAUUCACUCCCUGAGUAAGUGGUAUUAGGGUGCAGACACCAUGGAGUGCCACAACAUCCUACCAGGUACUCCAUUAUACUCCUCGGUGGAGAGAUACAAACGUAGGUAAAGUGCCUUGCCCAAGGAUCCUAGCGAAGUGCGUGUACGAGAAUCGACACGUUACCCCAACCAAGUUUUGGAACCCGAAAUUGUUGCGCAAACCACUUCUCUUAUGUUUAGGAAGCCCCUGCACUUUAUGUAUUAUUGGUGAUAAGACUCGCUACCAUUCACAGGGUAGUUCCGGUAAUCGACAUUGUUUUGAGAAAGAAAUUUGAAUAGACCUAUUUAGUAUUCACUUAUCCUUCAUCUAGUAUUAUUCGUGUUAGUAUUCAUCUAGUAAUUAUGUGUGUUAUUUUAAGUAGUAAGGAGGUUCCAAAAAAUUUAAAAAAAAACGAUUUAAAAAUUACGCCAUAUCUUCGUUUGUAUAAUUUCAUUGUUACAAAUUUCUUUUUUGGACACUAGACUUAAAUCUGGGAGUUUGUCAUGACACAGAACCUUAAAAUUCUGAUUUCGGCCUUUUAUACCUGUGAGGUAAUGGACCGUUCCUAUAAGCCCCUUUCCUUGGAUAUUGAUGCUAAGGUCCCACAUAACGACAGCGUAAACGUACGUGUUUGUGGGACAUGCGCGUGUUCGUGGGACAUGCGCGUGAUUCUGGACAUGUUCUGAUUGGUCAGUUGUCAUCGAUUACACUAUCGGAAAGGUGCAUUACAGUUCAAGAAUAAUUAGUUGCAUUAUAAUCGAUUGUAAUACAAUGGCCAUAGAUUACCACGUUGUGAAUCGUAAAUUGGUUAAAAAAAAAAAUGUUAUGAUAAUAAUAUAAAAUUGAUGACGUUUUCCUAAGAUGAUAAAACCUUUCUAAUUUCAAAACCGACCAGGGCUGCGCCGAGUCGUUUAUUAUCACUAUAAUAAUUUAUGAUGUGCCUUCUAAGAAAUGUUGUAAUUAACCACAUGUAUUGAUUAAUUUUCCGAUGCAUAAUGUUGUCAUAAUUAUAUUUUUUAAAUGUGUAUUGUUUAUACAUAGUUUGGUGAUUGCAUGGCGUGUGUCAUGCGGGGUUUAGUCUGGUGGAGGUAAUUUGUGUUUGUUGAUAGAAUUUAAUUCAUGAAUACCAAUCAUGUAGUAUGGUAUUAAAGCAGCUCUCUUAUGGCCAGUUAUAUUUUAAAUGGUUCGCAUUUAAAUUUUUUUGAUAGAAUUUAAUUCAUAAAUACCAAUCAUGUAGUAUGGUAUUGAAGCGGCUCUCUUAUGACGAGUUAUAUUUUUAAUGGUUCGCAUUUAAAUUUUGUUAAUAGAAUUUAAUUCAUGAAUACCAAUCAUGUAGUAUGGCAUUGAAGCGGGUCUCUUAUGGCCAGUUAUAUUUUUAAUGGUUCGCAUUUAAAUAAUGGAACCUCUACUUGAAUGAGACAUCCAUUUUUGCGUAUAGAAAUGCAGUCUCUUUUUGUACAGAAUGUAUGUGCAAUUGUAAGUUAGGUUCACACUAGACUAAAGCAGUUAAAGCAGUUUAUGCUUUGAGAUAAACUUAACCUGGCGCAAAGUGAAGAAAGCGCGCGAAGCGUUAAGAAACCGCUUACACAACAGUGGCUCAAUCAGACUGCAGCUUUGUAUGCUUGCAAAUUAUGGAUGAUUUAGCAUUUUCGUCACGUAACUACGACUUCGGACUCGACUAAGUUCAAACCCAGCAAUUGAGACCAAAACAAUACCGAUGAAAGCAGUGAAACUAAAUAGGUUAUCCGAAUAUUAGCAAUAGUAGGCUUAACAUAACAGUUGAUGUUAAUUUUUAAAAUAUGCACAAAUUACAGGUAUAUGUAAAGAAAACUGAAAAUUGACUUGUGACGACGAGCACAGAGCUGCAUAUCAUUCACAUCGGAUCCAAACCGAAAUUCCCACUGCGUUUCCGAUGCGCUGUACUUUUUUUUUUUUUUUUUUUGUAUUUUUAUACACCGAUUCGAUUUUCUCAUCGGUUCGGUAAAGCCGGGCACUCAUUGAGUCGUACGACGAAUCCACCUUUGCUUCCGGGGAGAGGUAGACGACGUAACGCCGUCUGCUGAUUGUCAGUGGCAGUCUGAGUUGGUCUGAACGGAUCCUCAUUAAAAAAGCGGUCUGUUGGUUCCGCGCCGUCGCGUUGCCGUCGCGCGCAGUGAGUACCCGGCUUUAAUCUUUCCUGGCACUGUUCUGAUUGGUCAGUUGUUGUUUGAUUGACACUAAGGAAAGAUCCAUUCUGUGUGAAUGCACCUCUAGCGUUUAUUGCGUUUACGUCAAAACUGCUUUCUAGUGUGAACGUAGCUUAAAUAUUGUAUUAUACGCGCGAUUAUCGUCAUGGAAACAGUUUUUGUAUAAUACUAUUCAUUAAAUUGUAUGUAAACCAAUUCAAUCUUGUAAAUACCUUUCCUUUAAUUUGCCAACUAUAAAAAGGAUGUAAAUUGCAUAUAUUUUUACCAAUAUAUAUAUACAUGAGACUGCGGUCAUUGAAAUAAAAUGUUACUGAUGUGAUCAUCGUGUUCUGGAUUAUAUUAUAUUGAUAUAAUUAAUUUUGUAUACAUUAUUAUUUUCACAUUGAAAGUGCGAAUAACAUGACCUUCAAUAUAGGUUGUGUGCCAACGUGGUAAUUAUUGUGUGAUUAAUUAACGUUAACUUUUAAAAAUUUGACAUUUUUAUGAUAUUAACACCGUUGUAAAUAAAUGUUUUUUACAUUCUCUCUAGAAUUAGUAUUUAGCUACUAGUAUAUCGAAGUGGUGUCUAAAUAUUUGUGUAAAGUAGGUUAAGUUUUUGACGUUAUUUUGUUAUUACAACCUAACCACAAAAUGACGAGGGAUAAAUCAUCUUCUACAUAGACCUGUCCAUGCUAUCAAAUUGUAUUUGAUAAAACAUGUGACAUGCCUAAAUAUGGUCAUGGUGACGUCAUAUCAUGACCAUACAUAGGCACAUCAUUACUAUAAUGGACAUUCAACAGCAUUUUCUGUCAAUUUGAUUGUCUGAACAGGGCUUUAAUGAUGUUUACAAUUUUACGAAAAUGACUACGAACGCCAUUAGGCAUUAGGAAGGUUUCGCAACCUUACGAAAACGAUAACGAAUACGUCAUUGUCGUCGUUAUCGUUAUUCGUGCCCGAAACAUUCUUGACAGUAUGCUGUAUGAGCUGAAUAUGAUCCUUGACUCGUGCGAAAAAAGAAACAAGGAAUCGCCUACGUUGUGACAAAUAUGCUACUGUAGGGGAAGGGUUGUCUUAAAAUUGAUGACGUAACCGUAUUCGUUAUCGUUUUCGUAAGCUUGUGAAAACUCCCUAUUUUCUCCUGGCGUACCUUCCAUUGCUGUUAAUUUAACACUUUUUGAAUGAAAAAACGAAUCUCGUAAAACGCAUAACUGUGUUUUAGUUUUCGUAAGAUUUCUCAAGAAUAGGGGUGCAUUUUCUUUUUUUUUUCCAAUGUAAUUCCUAAUCAUUUUAAAAGGAAGUUCUAAAAAAUUAAACAUAGUCCUAUUUAUAUUUUUUUCGUAUCAUAUUAGUAGAAUUUUAAUUUAUUAUGGUGAUUAAAUUUUAAUUUGAUAUCGUAUAUGAAAGAAUUUUAAUGGCAAUGGAAGUUGUAAUUUUGUUAAGUCAAUUUUAUAAACUAGAAAUAGAUAAUUCCACAUGUAUUAUUAAAGGUAAAGUCAUGUUGCGAGACUAAUGUAUGUAAAACACUAUAAAAAAUAAGUACGUCACUGUCAUGCUACUUAACCGUACUGCCUCAAAAAAAUAUAUAUUCAAUAAAAAAAUGUAAUGUAUCGUGAGCGGGUUCUUAACCCAUGCCCUAAUUUAUUUCUAAUGUGCUAUUUGUGUUUCAUUAAAGUGCCUAUUCCACGUGUCACUUGAUAACACGGUGAUCCAUCGGCAUUCGUACGCACGUUUUAGCUACUAACCUACCGGUUCUGUGCUAGUUCGAUUACGUUCUGAUGUGACCGUUAUAUUGUAGGACCAACUGUUUAAAUAGGGACCGUCACGUGGCUGUCACUGUCUUAAUCAAAACAAAUAUUACUUUAAUACAUACAAUAUAUAUAUUUUUAGAUUUCAAGCAUCAAUGGUAAAUCUAUACAUUUUGAAUACCGAUUUGUCUACUAAUUACUUGCAGUCAUAAAACUAAAACCUCAGUAGAAGAUUGUGAUUUUGUAUACAGUUACCGUAUAAUUAUCAAGAGUAAUCUGUGAACUGUAUUAUGAUAUUGUGGAUUUAUCUUGCCUCAAAGCACGUUUGUCUGUGGUGUUUUAAAAUGUAUUUUGCAAAUGAUAGAUAGGCCUAUUUGUUUGAGCGCCAAAAUGAACAAUUUUCACGAGGCUUUUUGGGCCUCACAAAGAGAGGCAGACCAGGUUUACCUCAUCACGUAUAAAUGUGGCCUAGGCCUAUUAUGGAGGUAUAGGAAAGUGCUCUGACCAAUAUCGCAACAACGUUGUCAAAAUAUAAUACUUUGAUUGCUUCCCAGUAAUUUUUUUUUUCACUUUUUUCGGCGGUCAUAAAUAUUGAAAUUACCUAGAGCUGUCAAUCAAAGUAGUUGUUUUUAUACCGGAAAUAAAUACUGUAUGAAGAUUA